UCGAGGCCUCUGGGGGCGGGGCCGGGCAGUCGGCUGGGCCUCCUCAACGUUGUACGCGGCGGUGAGCGCCCCCGGGGCGGACAGAGGUCACCCCGCCCUUCGCUGUGCGCCGGUGUCCUGCAAACCCUGUCUGUGGAGCGGUUUUCCAGCCUCCGCUCUGCCACCUUCACCCUUUGCUCUGCCUUUACUUGGACGCCGGCCGGGAGGGGCCUGAGAGCCCCCGCGCUCGGACUUGAUUCGGAAACGCGCGGCGCCCUACUUCUCCCCGGGGACCGCGUGUCGCUCCCUACCGCCGCAUUCGGGAGGUUCAGCCAGACUUCUCUCGAGAGGGCCGUUCUCAUCUGUCAGACUCUGAAGGAAGGGGCAGCCCACACCUGUUUAGGAGAAACACCUUCCUGUCUCUAUAGAAGCUGAAAUCCAUCAAGCUCCGUUCUUCAGAAUGCAAUGGAACGUACCAAAGACUGUAUUCCGACUGGCACAUAGGACAUGCAUGGAACCAGAUAAAGCUGGUCUUUUGGGACACUGUCAAAACAUGAAGGGACCAUUACUUUUGUAUACCUCAGAAUCCAGAGUGGUUUGGGUACAGGGCCCUCAGAAACGAUGGCUGCACUUACCUGCUGCCCAGUGUGUUGCAAAGGAAAGGAAGCCAUUCAUUGCUCACCCACCCCAACCAGGGAUCCUUCAUAAACAGUGGGAGCAGGAUAUCUUAUCCAAGAGGGUUCUGUCAUCCAGUGCUACAUCCCCAGGAACUCCCUCUGAAAAAAAGGAAGAACCUGAUCCUUUACAAGACAGAUCAAUUAGUCUUUAUCAACGAUUUAAGAAAACAUUUAGACAAUAUGGAAAAGUUUUGAUUCCAGUGCAUCUAAUAACUUCUGGUGUCUGGUUUGGAACGUUUUAUUAUGCAGCCAUAAAAGGAGUGAAUGUCGUUCCUUUUCUAGAACUUAUUGGGUUACCUGACAGCGUAGUAAACAUUCUGAAAAAUUCCCAGAGUGGAAAUGCACUGACAGCAUAUGCCCUGUUUAAGAUUGCAACGCCCGCGCGGUACACUGUGACCCUGGGGGGGACCUCCUUCACUGUGAAGUAUCUGCGCAGCCGUGGCUAUAUGUCGACACCACCCCCUGUGAAGGAGUAUCUGCAGGACAGGAUGGAGGAGACAAAGGAGCUCCUCACAGAGAAAAUGGAGGAGACAAAGGACAGACUUACUGAAAAACUGCAAGAAACCAAAGGAAAGGUUUCUUUUAAGAAAAAAGUGGAAUAGGGUGCCUUAUAUACCAGGUUAUAGACAGUUCCUGCACUUUAACCCUUGGGGACUGGACAAAGGUACAUGCUCUUGAUUAUAUUUUUGGUUAGCAGCCUAAAUAUAGCAGUUCUCUGAGGGUUAAAGAACUAAGAUAACUUUUUAAAGUUGAACAUCACUAGAAAAAUCAGUGUUUUUUGAAAAGAAAAAAUGAACCCAGUAUAAGAAUUUCAUGUCAGUAGCAGCGUUAAGCAGUGGUCCAUGUCUUCAGUCAUCCUUGCUUUGUGUUUAGAUAGCUGCUGACUCCUUGAAUAGCUGGUGCGGCCCUACACAGAUUUAACACUAGGUCUUCAUCUUUUUUGUUAUUUGAGGUUUUAACGAUAUUCACUUCUCAAUGUGGAGACAAACUGUUAUCAUCAGAACUGCCUGUGAAUAAGAGGAUAUUUAGUCUUUCUCUAAAGAUAGUAUAUAACGGUUACAUACCAGUUAAAAUGUAGACUUCAUAUAAAGAAAGCUGAAUGAAAAUUGGGUCAUAUAUAUGUAAAUAAGAUGUAUUGGUUAUAUGUAAAUGAAAAAUUGACCCUUUAAAAAUGAUUUUUACCUGAAGCUUGCCAUAAUCAAAUUUUUUAAGCAAAUCUGUGCGGUCAUAGCACUUUCUCACCUAGAAUGUAAAACUGUUAUUCCUGCAUCAUGUCCUCUCCAACUGAUCUCUCAGAGGAAAAGGGAAAAUCAUCACACCUUAAGUUUAUGGUGGAGAUCAGAUACGCUUAGCAGUGCCUGCAGCUGUGGUUCUCGGCAGUGCAGGUUUGGGAGGAUGGGACCUGCCUGUCCCUGCCACCUGGUCUCCACCAGCCAGAGUCGGUCUUGAUUCCAUUAUGCAGUAAAAUUUUAAGAUUGUAGGCUGCUGUUUUCCUCUUGCAUUGAAACAUCCUUACUUGAGCAUUUUACUUGAAUUUUUUAAAUAGCAAACUGUCAUUAAAACCUGCUUGGAAUGAAAUUCAGUUGUUUUCAGAUGUGAAAGUUGCCACAAUUUGUGUGGGUGUGUUUGAGGAUGUGUUUGUGUGUUUCCUUUUGCUCUAACUGCCUUUACUUCAGUUCUAACCUUUGAGUUGAAAGAGGGAACGGCCUCCUUCUAGAUUGUCUUUGUUGUGAGUGAUCUGAUAAGGCCGCAGGCAUCACUGCUGUGAGGCAGGGUUUCCGUAUUAAAUACUGAGUUUGGCCAAAUUUAGAGAAUACUUUAAAGGGAAAAAAAUGUUUGCAUUUGAUAUGUCUCAUCAUUAUAUUGGCUGUGCUGUGCUUGGACUCUUCUUUGUGGGGGUGGGUAGAGUGGUGAGGGGGCAGGGCUCACUCUGCCACAUGCAGGCCCGAUCAGGCAGGAUGGUUUGUCUCCUGAUACAGAUCAAACGUGUGAUUUCAAAUUGACAGCACAUUUUCAAAUUCAAAAACAGUGAACAUGUUUUAGCUUGUUUAUUAAAUAAUUCACAUUUUUGCAUAUAUUAAAUGCUAAGAUGGAUAUUAACAAAUUUCUUGUUUGUUUAUUUUUAACCACUGAGACUGCUCGGUUUAAAAUCAUGUGUUAUAUGAAACUUUCUUUUUACUUUUCACAUUGCAUAGGGCGUGUUUUCCAAUGAGGAUAAAUUGUGGGUCUUAGAAGCACUAAUAACCCUGAGUUUCCACCUUUGGUUCAGCCUGUUUGAGAUUUGUUGCCAUCCAGUUUCAUAAUUGUGUUGUGUUUGUCCAGUUACAGAAAGUGAGAUAAUAGGGAGUGCUUUGAAAUUCUCUAGUAAAACAUUCUCUGAAGGUGUAAGAAGUUCUCUUGUCAUUAU